CACGCCUCUUGCUUGGAAGGCAAGAAUUCUACCACUGAACUAUCGGCGCAUUGAUAAUACUAAUUUGAACAACAUCGACUAUAUAGAAAGAAUAAAAUAGCGUAGUUGUAGUUCAAAAUAAGUAAACCAGGGAUCGAAGACAAGCGAACUCUGGAGUCGUCGUGGUCAGACCAACUGCCGAGCCGCCGCCUGCGCCGCCCUCUCCACCUUCACCUCUCUCGCAAGCUCCAUCAGAGGUCCUAUCCAUCACUUUUGAUUUCGUUGUGUUGGUCAAUUGGCCGCAGCGACAAUGGCAGGCAAUUUCUUCAACAAUCUGUUGGGCUCGAAAUCUUCUUCGACGCCAGUGCCAGCUGCAGAUGAUGCAGACUUUGCCGACUUUGCAGGAGCUCCGGACCCCAGCCCUGCUUCUAUUUCGCCCAUAACAGCAUCCAGUGCUGUUCCUCAAGCAGCAAUUCCAACUGGUGCUGCCCGUCCCUACACCAAAUGGUACCGCGUCUGGGAACGAACUACACUAGCCGACUUCUACCAGGAGGCCUUCAUCUUGCCCCUCAUCAUCUUGAUCGUCGUUCUCCAUGCCUUUGGCAAGCGGGCGAACAGGCGCAAGGCUACAUCUUGGGUUAAGGCCCACACACCGGCUCUGCAGCAAGAAUUUGCCCAUGUCGGCUUUGGUGGACCAAAACUGGCCAGCGUUGAAGACGUACAAUCGACUGGUCUGGCCAAGUUGAAUGCCAAUGAGCUUGUCGACCCUGAGACGUUACUGAAAGAGGUGGCCGCGAACGAGUUCCAGUCUUAUGCGACCGGCCGUCAGAAUGUGGCAUUUUUGGACGUCAAGAUCUCGCUCCUUAAGCGGUACAAUCCUCUGAUCCGCUACGGUGAGGCCGCUAUGAGCUUCUUUCUCGAGAGCGUACCUGCCUCCACUGAGCGUGUCGAGGCAACUGCAUACUCGUUCGACGGGAAAGAAAUCGAACUUGUUCCCGGAGCUUCAAAGACGCCAAACUCUACUUACGAUGGAUUUGUCUGGGCUAUUGUGCAUAAGGAUAUGAUGAAGCGCUUGAGGGAUGAGAGAUAUGAUUUGUCUCUCACCACCACCAAGGAUCAUCCGAAACUGCCUAUUUGGUACACCAUCAUGAGUGAGAGCGCCGAAAUCUCCGAGGCCCUUUUGACGCCUGAGCUUCUCAAAGCUGUUGAUCAGGCGGGUGAUGCGCUCGAGGCGCUUGUCGUCUCUGACCAGCCAAUGGAUCAGCCGAAGAAGCUCGAUGAGACGGUUUCUAGGAAGCGUGUCACACUUUCGCUGACUCUGCCUUCCAAUGACAACUACGCCAACACUCUGCCACUGUUCCAGUACUUCCUCAGGAUGCCUGACCACCUGGUCAAUGUUGCUCACUUCCGCCCUGAAGCUAUGCGUCGUGUGAAACAGACUCGUGAUGACGAGAUUCGUAAAAUCAAAAAGCUUGAUGAGGAGGGAAGGGCCGAGGAGAGGAAACUCGAGGCGGACAAGGCAAAGAAGUUGGAGCGGGAGCGGAAGCUUAAGAAUUUGAGCGCUGAUGAGCAAAGAAAGUAUCUUGAGAAGGAAAGGGAGAAGGACCUUCGCAGGAGCCAAAGGAGAAAGGUCAUGAAGGCUUAAUGAAGGCCUCAAUUGGUAAAGGAGUGUAUCCCAACGCUUGAUGUAUUGUAUGAGUAUAAUGCUAUAUGGGGUAGGUAGAGUAUAUAAGUAAGGUUAAUAGGGCCUUAAUUAUAACUAGGACU